AUGACGUACCCAACAGCUGCCUCGCUUGCGAUACGCAUCUUCCAAGCCUCCUGCUAUCAAAUGACAGGAAAUUCAUGCCUGUCAUGGCAUAAAGUGGAUGAGGCUGUUCGAUUAGCGAUCCAAAUGCGACUUCUCGACGAGGAAUCGUACGAAGGUUUGGAUUCCGUUGAGGCAGCGCUGCGACGCAACGCACUCCGAUACUUGUACUCGCUCGACCGGUCAAAUUCCUUGCAAAGCGGUAAAAAGCAAAACCUGAGCGAAUUGCGUUUGCAAAGCCCUGUCAUCACUGAUUUCAAUUUUGAUGAGCAUGUAUCGUUGCUUGACCGAAAUCGACUAGAAAAUGAAGGCUGCUUUGAGAGAUAUCUCAUGAUGGGAUUUCAGAAAAACUAUGAGCUUUGGAGACAUGGGUUUGGCGUUCUGUUUGACCUGGAUCUUUUCUUGUCCGCAAAUUCUCGGGCAUCCGACGACCGAGUUCUAGACAUGGCACAGAUGAGCAGUCUGACGGGGUCAUUUUUGCGCUUUUCCAGUAUCCUCGAUGAUGUACCGGAAUUCGUCAUGUCACCAACGAUGAUCUGCAACCCUGACAAACUGCGUGAGGAGUAUCAAAGACUCGCAGUUUGGAUUCAAAAGUCCAACAUCAUGCUCUCAUAUCAUUUUCUGCAACUGUUCAUUCUCAAUCGUUUUGCAGCUGCUGAUCUUCUUAGUCUGUUAGGAUUGAGCAGUGACCGAUUGUCGAUUGGCUGGAAACAAACAGAUAUUGCGCAUGAGGUACUCAACCUAAUGAAAACAGUCCCUCUCGACGCGCUUCGUGCCAACGGUGAGCCUGGGUUAGACAAGGGCGAGAAGUGGUUGUUUGCUAAUCUCGGAGUGUCACAGGCUGAGAAGCUUCGGUACAUCUGCGCUACUCUCCUUGAGGUGAUGCAAGGGCAAGAAUCGGUUCACGUCCUUACAAGGGCAAAGAAACACUUCUUUGGAUUGUUGGAUUACCUGUCGAGGCUAAACUCGCGAGUAUCUGACAAAUUGGCACGACUGUACGAAACAACAGAAGCCUCUAGCUAG